UAAGCGCGAAAUCUAGUAAGGAUAACUGCGUUUUCAGUACAGUUUCUAACGUCACAUCCAGCGUACGACAGACUAUCACUUCCGGUUGUCAAUGUAAAUGCAGUUAUGGCAGGCAAACAAUCUACGGAUGCCGACCGAUUCCAGUAUCUCCAGGCGCUAGUUACUGAAUUCCAGGAUACGGAUGGUGCAGAGGCCAAAGAACAGAUUCUGGCAAAUUUGGCUAAUUUUGCCUAUGAUCCAUGUAACUAUCAAGACCUCCGGCAGCUCCAAGUAAUUGAUCUGUUCCUGGACAUGCUAACUGAGGAGAAUGAAACCCUUGUUGAGUUUGGAAUUGGAGGUCUCUGUAAUUUAUGUUUGGACAAAGCUAAUAAGAGUCAUGUUCUGUCUUCGGGAGGGCUCAAGCUUAUCAUUAACUGCUUGUCCAGCCGACGAGAAGAAACUGUUCUUUCUGCUUUAACUACUCUCAUGUACCUAUGUACUCCUGCAUCCUGUGCUGAUAUUACUACCCCUGCUGUUGUGGAGUGUAUGGUCCGCUUCUCUCUUUCCUCUAACUGCAGAAUUAGAAACCUGGCAACAAUAUUUCUAGAGGACUACUGCAGUGAAAAGCAGGUCCAGGAAGCAAGAAGCCUGAGUCAGCACACAGCACUUGGCAUUCCACUUCCAGAGACUACUCCCAUGAAAUCAACAGACUAAAUAGAAGACCUGGGAUUUUAUUGAAAUAUAUGUUGCCUCUGUAGUGUUCCUGUGCCCUAUUAUCUGAUUGUAUGGUUAUUUAUAAGUAUAAGUAUUUAAAAGGGGAAUAAUAAUUGCAUACCUGAUGUUAGGGUACUUUACCUAGUCCAUCAUUGCAUUCAUCCAUAUGCUUAAUGGUUAGCCUAAUACAAAAAUGGACAUUAAACUUUUUUCCAGUA